GGUGCAUAACAUUAUCUCAUAUCACAUGCAUGGCAAGACAUGAUUGAUGUAAUUAGAUGCUCUGGAGAGAUCCCACUGUCCUUCCCCAACACAUGUAGAAUGCUUAGAAAGCACCAGAAACCUGUGAAAUAGAUCAACAGAUGAUGUUUUAUCUCCUCUCAAGGUCUGUUGGUUUACUGUCAUAUCCCAUGUGAUAUGUCAAAACAAGUUGAUGCAUGUAUUAUCAUGUUGCAUUGGGUUUGUAUUUGUAUUUAUUGUGGAUCCCCUUUAGCUACAGCAGCUACUCUUCAUGGGGUCCAGUAAAAUGAAGGCAGUUAUGCAAUUGUAAAAACAUCCCUAUACAUUCACAACAGAUUUCACAAAAUCCAUGUUCCUGUUUGAUUUCGGGGUAGGCUGUCAACAGCACGUACUAUGUAUGAUAUGUAUUCUGAUCAAGUCAACAAUACGUCUAGGCAUAUCUGACGUCAUGUAUAUCUUUAUGUGAAGGUUAAUGUCCAUAUUGACAUCAGUUCAUUGUGUUUGAGGACGGUUCACUGACCGGUUUUCAACGGAUACGAUUAGACGAGUUUAACAGCUACAGAAAAGCUACAGUAGCCUAUCAGAACAGCUGCAGUAUCAGAGGCGCAGAGCCUUAAUUAACGGGCUACACAUAAUGGCUGACGACAGCCAGAGCGUGAAAUGGGAGGAUCCCCCGGAUGACCAAAAUAAGGUUGUGGAGAAUAUGAAGGAUGAAACAGAGACACAUGAGACCAACAAGAACAGGACAGGAGGCAAGGCUAAACGUAAGUCCAGUGGCCGCGCCAAGAAGACUUCCGUGGAGGAAGACAGCAGCAUUGGUGCAGAGUCUUCUCAGACACCCGGGUGUGGUUUCCGGGAAAGGGGAUCUAUCAUUGAGCAGCUGGAGAAGGAGGCUCAGAGGACUCUAAUGCCUUCUCUCAAGAUUGGGACAUGCUGUGCCCCAAUCCUCCUCUCCUUCCUGAGGAGUCUAACUGAUGAGCAAGUCCCAUGUCUUUUUCCAACCUCACAUACAACAACUCUGAAUUUAUAGUCAUAGUGCACCUUCUAACCACAAAUGGGAUUUUAGACACUACACCUAACAUCACUGUAACCACACCCCUAACUCUUCCUGUAAAUCAAGAACAAAAUGUCUCAUGUACUUGCUAAUAGCUUAAUUAAAUACACUUUUAUUUUCCCUGACAUGGCUAUCUAGUGACUCCACUAACUCAACAUCAGUGUGCAGGUAAAAUAUGUUUCCUUUCUUUUCUUUUCUCUAGCCAAUGGAGGGUGAUUCAGCAUGGCAUGAAAAAUAACCUCACAUUCGAGCAGCUCUCCAUGCUGUGUCUGAAGAUUGUUAAGGUCGUGACCCAGACAGCCCUCCGCAUUCUCCUACCAGCGCUAGCUCGUAUCAUGGGGGUGAACCUGAGGAGUGGGGCAACCUCCCCAGAAUCACAGUGCUCUCUGACAGGGUCUGAGGAUUCCUUAGGCAGUCUGGAUGAGAGAGAGAAAAGGCUGCUGAUCAGUGAGAUUAACUACUGGACUAAGGAGAGGAGGAGGAAUGGCAGUGCAGGGUUCCGCCAAAAAUCCACCCGCAGAACCUCAUCACCAUGCUGUUCGCCUAAGAGGUAUGUUCACAGCAAUAUUUCAACUUAAUAAUUGC